AUGGAUACUAUCCCCUCCAAAACGAUCCAGAUCUCGCCUGAAAUCAAGUAUCGAUACUACAUUUCCAAACCAACACAGCGAAAAUUCCCGACCAUUCUCUUUCUCCAUGGCUUUCCCUCGAGUGCCGUCGACUUUGUCCCGCAAAUCACUCACCUGAUGUCCCGCGGCUACGGUGUUCUUGCGCCAGACCUCCUUGGCUACGGCGGAACAUCCAAGCCAGAUGACCCCAAAGAAUACGUCUGGCGGGCAAUGAGCGCCCACAUCGCCGCCAUUCUCGAUGCGGAGGACCUUACCGCCGUUGUUGGCGUCGGGCACGACCUGGGAUCUUGGUUUCUGAGCAGAUUAUACCACUUUUACCCCUCGAGGUUCACAGGCCUGGUUUUCAUGGACGUUGGGUACGCGCCCCCGGGGCAGAAGUUCGACGUGGAACUCAUCAAUCGGAUGACCAAGGAGAUGACGGGCGAGGAACGCUUCCGGUACUGGGACCUUUUCACUGAUGACGAGGGUGUGCCUUUGAUGAAUCAAAACGUUAAGAGCGUUGUGUCGCUUAUGCAUGCUUCGCCGGACGUCAUGGUUGCGAAUCUCGGGCCCAAGGAUAAGGCGAGGGAGUGGGUUGCCGCCGGGCGCAUCGCGCAGAGUCAUUUCUUUGGGGAUGAGAAGAGUGCUUACUUCAAGGACAAGGUGGCCAUGUUUAAGGAGGGCGGAUGGACGGGCCCGACGAAUUGGUACAAGGCUUUGAGGGAGAACAUGUCUUGGGAUGAUGAGGAGGAUAUGGAGAAGAAGCUGGAGGUGCCGGUGAUGGUCGUGGGAUGUGGACGAGACAAAAUGACAGCCGCUGAAAUGCAGGACCAGAUGACAAGAGGAUUUUCCGUAUCUGGGUACAGGUUUGAGGUGCUUGAUGCAGGACAUUGGGUUAUGCUUGAGGACCCGGAGGGUACAAACAGACUUCUGGAAGAGUUCAUUGCAACUUUGUGA